CUAACCAUCAUGGAGUCAGAUGGGGACAAUAUUAUGUUAGUGCAGAAUUUACUUUCAGAGUAUGUGAAACAAAAUCCAACGUCCACCAACACGCAACUGUUCUCUUUUUUGGCGCUGCUGAACGCGUACGUUCCUGAUUCCUACCUCCUGAUGUCUGAGUGUCAACAGAUCCUUGGACCACCCGAUCCCAUCCACGGAGGCCCCCCCUUUGAAGAAAGAAUGGAGCCUUUUACAUUGUUUGUGGGCAUAUCCAGUACAAACCCUGAACACAUUUGUAUCAUUGACCCAAUUUCUGCACAGUGUGCUGUGAAGCGACUAGCUGCCUUAGGGAUUUCCAGGAGUGCCACAGUGAAGAACUUCAUGUUCUCACUUUGUGGAGAUCAGCCCCAACCACAUAUACUCCAGUUCAUCAAAGAUUUGCUGACAAAGAGAGAAUUUGGAGAAAAGGGUAAAGAGAAGUUCUCAAGGUUGAUUGAAGAUAUAGGUGAGGAAGAGAAUUUCUACAACGCUGUGUCCAUCUUGACAGCUGCAUCAAAUAAAUUUAAACAAAACCACAUAUACCCCCAAACCCUUUCCCGUCUCAUUUACAUCAGAAGAGGCAUCAUUGACUAUACAAAAGCUGAAGAAUGGGCAAAGAAAGCAAUUGCAAGAGCUCCAAACAACUCUUAUGUGGCUGACACUCUCGGGCAGGUUUACAAGAAUCGUUUGAUAAGGGAAGCCAGACAACUGGAGGAUAUCUUACACAUGGCAGAAGAAGCUUUCAAAGCCUUCAAAGAUGUGGAGAUGAAAGCUGACGGAGAAGAGGGCCUGGAAAUGAGGGACAUGGCUGGUACUAUAAGCAUUUCAGAUUCCUUUAACAACAGAGGCCUUUUUGGCUUCAUUCAAGUGGCAAAGAUAUCCUUUGAUAAACUCAAAGCAGUAAGAUCUAAUCCUUCACAGGAACACGGGAGGUUCAUCCAAAACUUAGUAAUGGAAGUUGAAGCUAAGUUUGACUUUUUCGAACGGUACCUUACCUACUCCAAGCUUGACAUGACAUCCACAGAGCCACAUUACUUCUGGAAGAACGUUGUACUUUGUUACGAAAUGUACACAGCAAAAACAGCGGCUGAAUCCAUAAGCUUCCCAGGCCUUCUAGAUCGUCUGAAUCAUGGCCUUUUCACAUCAAAGGGAAGAUUUGCAGGUUUUGAGGAGGCAGAGCAAAGUGUGUCGGAUUUAGAGGCCAUCCAAGAUGAUUUGAAAACAAACUACGAGGCCAAUCGUGACAAUGUCCAAGCAGCCGAGAGCUACAUCCUCUCCAACAUCAUCUUGAGCAACAAGAUGCAUAACUCUCCUGAGCUCACCUCAGAGAAUGAACUCAAAGCAAUAAUACACCGAUUCUUGGACACAGAUGUGGGGUGUAGAAGCCCAGAGUUUUACCUUGUGGCUCUGCUGUUGUUUUGGCCUCAAGUGGUGCAAGAUGAGGUGCAAGAUGAGGACGAUGAAGAAGUGGAACAACAGGCCACAGAGGAUGAGGGGUCAGAAGACGAAACCUUGGAGGUUGAGGACAGCGAUGAGGAACAAGAAACAAGCGGAGAGCCUGAACAACUAUCCCUUGACCUCAUGUUUGAGCCUGACCUGCAACAGUUUGUCACAUUCAUGGAGAAAGCGUUUGAGAGAUCUGAUGCCAAGUACCUUCGAGGCCGUUACCUUUUGCCUCUGUUUUUUCUGGGGAAGAGGUCUGUACUGAGCAGAUGGAUCCACAAAUCAAGGCUGGAUGCAAUCGUGGAAAAAGAGGUGGAUGCUGAGCUAGCUCGUGAACAGGAUGAAAGAACUGGGGAGAAAUUGAGCCGGAUCAACGAAAAAUGGAUCAAUGGGGAUGUGUGGCGAAUCCCAGAAAUUGAAGACCUGCUUCUACCAGUCUGGGUUGAGCUAGACUGGGAACAUGAAGAGGAUGAAGUGAUUGUUUGUGCUGGAGGGAAGAAAAUAAAGGUUACAACAGAGGUUGUAUCUUAUUCAGCGCUGAGUCAAAUGCGUUUCUAUCUUGGCUUCACCAUUAAGGGUCCUUUCGUCUCCACAGUGGAACGUCCUCACUGAGGACUCUCACAUGCCUGGACAGUGAUUGAC